AUGUGCUCAUGCUCAGAUCAACUGGAAAAUAAAAAGACACCCUGGAUGUUCGCCGUCAGGUGCUCAUGCUCAGAUCGACGGGAAGAUGAAAAGACACCCUUGAUGUUCGCUGCGGAGUUUAAUGAGGUAGAGGUUGUCGAAUUUCUUAUCCAAAGAGGUGCUUCACUUGAGAUGACGGAUAGCAGAAGUAUGACUCCUUUUCUCCAUGCUGUUAGUGGAGGAAAGAUGCAAAAUGUGAAACGCUUGUUUGAACUUGGAGCAAAUGUGCUAAAAGAGACGCGCCGUGGAAUGUCAGCAAUUCAUGUCGCUGCCGGACAAGGUAACAAAGACGCUGUGUUCUUUUUGCUGGAACACGGUGCAAGUGCAGACCAACAAGGAUUUUAUGGUCUCACUCCCCUUAUGUUGGCCGCAAGAAAAGGCUGCCUCGACACCGUCAAGCUAUUGCUUUCUAAAGGAGCAAAUUUAAAUGGCUGUUCACAGGGUGGCGAAACGCCAUUACUUUUUGCCGCUAAAGAAAAUCAUACAGAUAUAGUCAAAUUCCUGUUGAAGAAAGGUGCGAAUCUUUUUGCAAUAAAAGAAACAGUGCUUCAUUUUGCCACUCAACUUGAUUUGGUUAGUUUCCUUUGUGACCAAGGUGCUAAUAUUCAUGCGAAAGAUAGCUGGGGAAAAACGCCUCUACACGCGGCCGCUAAGAAUGGACAAUCUGACACAGUUCGCUUCCUUUUAGAACGCGGAGCUGAUAUCAAUUCAAGUGAUGACAGGGGCCAUACCGCUUUGUAUUAUGCCAUCCUGGCAGAACAUGCUUCCACUGCAAAAGUUCUGAUUGAGAGUGGCUGCGAAGUGAAGCUGAUUCUCAAAGGAGGUCAUUUUGUCGAUGAGGGCGAGGUACUGGAAGCAGCUGCUCGUAAGGGGUUUUCUGGUAUUCUCAAACUUCUCCUGAACAAAGGUGUACCUGUGGACGCCCUCAGUAGGUAUGAAACACCUCUGAUAGUAGCGGCCAGGGCUGGACAUUGUGAAGUGGUGAAUGUUCUCCUCGAUCAUGGAGCAAACAUCAAUGGUUUUCGUUUUCGAAACUUUAAAAGCGAGAAACACGAAAUUGUAUAUGAUAAAGGUCGAGACAGUGAAGACAGUGACAAGAAGAAAGAAGAACCUAAACUUGCCAACACCAAAACACCACUGUAUUGCGCCCUAGAAGCUGGAAGAGGUGAGGUGGCUAGACUUCUGAUUGAACGAGGGGCUGAUACCUCUGACCCUAGUGGAAACACCUCUUCGCUUCCCGAACUGGCUGCCACGCGCGGGCUUUCAGAUGUUUUUCACCUUCUUACCAAGGAGAAGAGUUUUGAUUUUAACAAAAUCAAAGAUGACGGAGAGACGUUACUGACAUUCGCAGCUACUAGCGGAAAGUUUGAUUCAGUAAAAUUUCUACUUGACAAUGGUGCUGAAGUAAACGUAAAGAACCUUUCAGGGGACACAGCUCUUUCUUGUGCUGUUCGGUCCCGUGCGGCUCCAGUUUUGGAAAUUGUUAGACUUCUCCUCGCACAUGGUGCCGCUGUCAACACUAGGAAUGACCACUGUGAAACUCCUCUUCUUAUCGCUGCAACAAGGAAUGCUGACAAAGUUGCUAAUCUUCUUAUUGAACAUGGAUGUGAUACGACCAGUAAAAACUUAGGUUCUUUCUCCGCUCUACACUCUGCUGCUAAUUACAACAAUGGAAAGCUCAUUGAGAAGUUGCUUCAGCAUGGUGCUGUACUUAAUUUAAAAACUGAUGAUGAAGGUAUGACUCCCUUGCACGUGGCUGCAAAAUCAGGGAGUGUCCUCGCAGCCGACGUAUUACUAGAACACGGUGCCGAUCUAGAGAGCACAACUCCCCUGGGGGAAACCCCCCUGCUGUUAGCAGCCCAAGAGAAAAAAUUUGCUAUGCUUUACUUCUUAACAGAGAAAGGAAGUAAUGUUGAUGCAAAAAACGGUUUUGGAAAGACUGUUCUUAUGAAUCUCGCCAUAGGUUAUGAAGGUUUAAAAACGUUUUCACUGGCUAAAACGUUGUUGCAGCUUGGCAGCUCUGUAAAUGCAACUGACGAGUUUGGACGGUCUGUUCUGCAUUAUAUGUCUUGCGGUGGCAAUUCAGAAAGGGAAUUCUACAACCUCCUUCUGAGUCAUGGGGGAAAUAUUAAUCUUCCAGAUAAAAACAGGGAGACGCCUUUGCACUUUGCAGCAUCUGAUGGAAACACUGCUUUAAUAGAGUGGCUCCUUGAGCAUGGCGCAGACGUGAGAGCGUUGGACAGGAAAAAUCGCAGCCCGCUUCAUUCAGCUGCCUACAGGGGUUGCAGCAUCUCCGUGCAGUUGUUGAUCCAAAAUGGAGCUGAAAUUCACCUUGCUGACAACAAAGGGUGGCUGCCUUUGCACCUUGCUGCUGCAGGAGGGAACAGAACGACUUUUGAAGUUUUGCUUCAAAAUGGAAGUGAUGUCACACUUGUGGACAAGAAAGGAAGAACGUGCCUUCAUCUUGUCGCAAAAUAUGGUCCAUGUGCUUGGGAAGAGUUGUUUGAACUUUUGAACAUUCAUGGCGGCAACAUUAAUGCCAAAGAUUUUAGUGGACAAACAGUAUUCGGGGCGUCACUAACUCCCAAGUCACCAUACAUAAUUGAGCACCACUUUUUAACAAGGUUCCUUCAAUUGUACAUGGAAAAUGGGGGUGACGCACAUGCUGUUGACUUAGUGACGGGUCAAACAACUCUUCAUGUUGCCGCAGCCUGUUCUCUUACUGAUAUUGCCGACAAUCUUUUAGAUAAAGGAUUGAACCUUGAAGCAAGAGACAAGAACGGAGACACACCUUUACACAGAGCAUCGGCAUGGGGGACUCUCGAUAUGAUCCAGCGACUUGUAGAGAAAGGAGCUGACCUAUCUGCUGUCAAUGAAAGAGGUCAAACGCCAUUGCUGGUCUGUGUUGCUCUCAACGUCUCUACAGAGGCAUCCACCGUUUUAAUAGAAAACGGAAGUGACGUAAAUACUGCAGAUAACAGUGGUAACACAGCUCUCCACUAUGCCGUUAGACGUGGCCAGAAUUUUCUUGACAUGCUGAUCAAGAAUGGUGCUGAUGUUAAUGCCGCCAACGCAAUCGGAUGCACUCCGCUCCACGUAACCGUUGGAAAAGCAUCGUUCCCCAGAGCUGUUAAUGUUCUGUUAAGUGCAGGUGGCGAUGUCCAUUGUCGCGAUAAGCAAGGGAAUACGCCACUACACUUGGCUGUUGCAGAGGGCCACUAUUACGCCGCUGGGAUUCUCAUAGAGAAAGGAAGCGACGUUUACGCUACAAACUUAAAAGGAGAAACGUGCGCACACAUGAUGUUGUUCCCACCCAGCGGAAUGGUAAAAGAAGCCAUUGUUUGUACUGGGCAAGUUAAUGCUGUUGAUAAUUUGGGCAGCAGUCCUCUUCACCUUGCUCUGCUUUCAGGAAGGUGGCCGGUCGCAAGGUGUCUGCUGAAGCACGGCAGCGAUCCUAAUGCUGUGGAUUAUAAAGGCAGUACUCCACUUCAUGUAGGCUGCUCUUCAGGAAGCAAAUCAGCCGUGUCAUUUUUGAUCGAUCAUGGAGGGUAAGAUAUAAGUUGUUUUAGGAAUAUUUUUAUCGUGAUUUAAAAGGGAUGUCUCACGAAAUUUAUUUCAAUGCAAUCAAUGGGAAUUGUCACCAAAUUUAGUGAAACAUAAAAAUAAAAAAAAGGCAUAAACAACACAACAAAUACAAAGGGAGGCAUGGAUAAGCAUGGUUUUUAAAAACUUGUGAGCGUUGCAGUCUUUGAAAUUCUAUUUUUGUUGUUUGUAAGGUUUGACAUUAUCAGGCUUAGGAGACAUAGUUGUAUGACUCAAGGCUCAAGUUUUCUAGCGAAUAAGGACGCGUAACUGGCCUGAUUAUCAUAAACAAACUGAACUCGGCAGCCGUGACUUCGCAACAACGAUUUUUUAGCGCAAUACAGCGUUGCAACAUUGUUGCGACAUUGUUUCGAAUGGUUCCAACAUUGUUCCAACAUUGCAAUGCUGUAUUCACAACGUCGUUGUGAAUCGUCCCGUGUAACACCACCUUUGACUUGAGUAAAUGCCAAGACAACAAAGCAUUGUUGUCUUGGCCCGUUCUUGUUGGUUGCAUUGCUUGUGCGUUGAAUCUACAAUCGCCGGAAGUGUUUUCCUAUUUACAGCGCCGGGCCACAGAAUUUACGUAUAGGAAAAUAAUAUCUGAGCUUCAAAGAGCAAACGUAUUUUCGUGACCACUGGGGAUGCUUUAGCAUGAAUCUAACAAAGCGGAAUACAGUCAACUCUCGCCUUGCAGACACCUUGCUAUAACGGACACCCCGAUAAAACGGACAGCAGCCAAAUCCCAGGAAAAAAACAAAUUACAGAAGAUUGACUGAAAUAAACUCCCGCUAUUACGGACUCUCGCUAAUGAGGACACUAACUAGAGGUCCCUAAAGUGUCCGCUAUAAAGGGAGUUGACUGUACCAGAAACAUGCGCUUAUACAACUUCAUAAGGAGUUUUAGAAGGGUUUACAAACGGGGGAGCUAAAAACCGGUCUAAAAAAGCGUUUCAAAAUAAGCUAUAUAGCAGUGCUGAUCAAAACACUUUUUGAAUUUACUCGCCUUUAAAAGCUACAAAACGUGCUGAAAAUCGAUACGAGCUAGAGGAGGGCUUAUAUCCGGGAGGUGUCAUAACCUGAUGUAUUUUUUUUAUUACAGGUAGAUGGGCCUAUUACUGGGGGGGUAUAAGUGGGGCAGCUUAUAAGCGGACGUUUACGGUAUUGGUUAACCUCUUUCUAAGUGUAAGGCUUAGACUACGAUUUGUCCCCGUUUUUCCUCAGGGAUAGUAGAGCGAGCGCGCGUGAAAAUCACCCCACGCGAGAAAGGCGAGACGCAGCGGGGAGAGAGAAAUAUAUCCUUUCUCGCGUGGAAUAAUUUUCACGCGCGAACGCGUUUCGCUCCCUCUACUAUCUCUGAGGAAAAAUGGCGGCUACUGGUAGCCUAUGUAAGGCUUGAAAACCUAUCAAAAUUCAUUGUCCAGCACAUUAUCUCUUGCAUUUGUUUUCAGUAAUCUCGAAGCACGCGAUGCCAAAGGCUGUACGCCACUUCACAUCUGUGCUGUGUUCAAUCAGACGAACACCGCGAAACUUCUUCUCGACCGCGGAGCAAGCUUGGAGGCAAGAGACAAUGAAGAAAGUACUCCAUUACAUCUCGCUUCAGCUUUCAGUGAUGCAGACAUGGUGUCAUUGCUUGUGAAGCACGGGGCAAGCUUGAAGGGGAAAGAUUCUGAAGGAAGUGUAGCUCUUCACACAGCUGCUGCUCUCGGUAGAAUGGAGAUCGCAAGGGUCCUGAUUGAUGCCGGAAGUGACGUCAAUGCACGUGAUGCAAAUGGCAAUACACCGCUACAUGUGUCGGCAAGUUCUGGCAAGUUGGAAGUUGUUCGUUUAUUGCUGGAUAAGAAAGCGGAUAUGAACGCAGUUAACAAUGAUGGUGUUUCACCAGUUGGUUGUGCUGAAGCAUUUGGUCACAAAAAGGUAAAGCGGCUUAUUGAAAAAAAGAUGCUGCAUGGGUGAUUGACGUCAUGCCAGUUAAGAGAAUGUGAGAACUUUAACCCUCUAGCUAUGUAGUAUCAAAUUACAGGUUAGACGUUCAAGUUCAAGUGUAUUUCACUAUUAAAGUCGAAAAUGUGAAAAACUGCUCU